AUGGCUGAAGCACCAAUUACAGCUUCGGACUCUUCGAAACGUAUUGAGUGGAUAUGGAAGUCAAAUCCACACCCACGAGCAACAGAUAAGAAAGCCGAAUGGAGCCAUUAUUCGGAUAUCGAAAAUCUAAUUAUCGAAGAAGCAUUCUUGAACCAGCAACCUAGAGCCAUGCUGGAUGCCUACUACAUCGAUUUCGAACAUAAGGUUCAAAUGUCUAAUGAUGAUGAAAGCAAACGAAGACCUGUAGAACGAAUGAAGCGCAAUAGGAAAGAUGAGCAUUUACGAGAGGAACGUUUUAUGAUCAACCCCAUUGCUCCGAAACGUCCCGCUAAUAGCGAAUAUGACUGGAUUUCGUCCUUCAUAAUAGAGGUGAGACGAUAUUUGAAUCUUAGAAAGAAACAAUUACCUUCCAAAGACGCCAGACUCGUCCUAGUGCUUGUUGAGAAAGCCGCUGACUGUAUUAUUCAAGAAGGCAAGCGAAUAGGAAAGCAACGCGAAGCCGAAAAACUGGCCAACAUGCUCAGAGAAAAAAAGCCAGCGGAAUGUAGGAAGUAUGGAAACUGCGCUUAUCUAUACUCCUUAGAGAGUUUCUUAUACAGAACAAUGAAUGAGGUCAUGCGAGUGAUAGGUGGUGAAGAGCAAGAAAAGAUCUGGCGAAGUAAAGUUCGUACAUUGGGCCCGUUUUGUUUGCUUCUCUGGGAUGAUCCGUUCAAUACUAAAAUAAAAACAAAAAUGACACUUUAUCGAGGAGCCAAACUGACUGACGAGCAAGUUGCUACUUAUGAAGAGAUGGCCAAGUACUCCAAAGAAUAUCGCUCAUUUCAAGCGUUUACAUCGUGCAGCCGCAAUCGUAGAACAGCAGAAGAGUUUUGA